UAAGAGGCCGAAACAAAGAGCAUGUGCGAUUGAUUAUGACUGACUUGGACUUCAAGCUGUCAUUCUUCAGACCAUGCUACUACUAUUUGGCUAACUGGCAACAUCAGCUAACAAAUGCACAUAACUAAUUUUAGGCAUUUAUGGAAACCAUAGUGCAUCUUCAGCAUCAAACGAAGUAAUGUUGGGCAGUCAUGGGAUUCAACCCGUCACACUUGCAUUUAACAACGCAAAAAACUGUUUCCUGCACUUGCCACCGAACUUGAUCACAAAACUAUCAUUGCAUGAGAAUCAGAUCCUCGAGCUGUCCUGGGAUGGCAGUCCCCCCGUCUUCUUUAGCUGGAUUAGGGGCAGACACACGCCAUCUCAAGAGAAUCAUGUCGAGUUUAGUCGCCAACUGGCGAAGAAACUUGGACUGAAGGAGGGAGAGCAGGGUUUUCUGCGACCCUGUCAAAAUGUACAAUCUGUGCAUCAGGUGUUUGUGGAGCCACUGUCCUCGGAUGACUGGGAAAUCCUGGAGCUUCACAGUAUGGCCCUGGAAAACCAGCUGCUUGAUCAGAUCCGAGUUGUGUACGAGGAUGGUAUUUUUCCUGUGUGGGUGGACCAGCGAACAUCCAUAUACAUCAAAAUCGCCUCCUUAUCACCGAGCGUGCCUUAUGGUCGACUGGAGCAGUUCACAGAGUUGAUCGUCUCCCCCAAAAUGAGGAGUGGAGAUCAAAGAAACCCUUUGGGGUCAGCACAUCUGAACCCGAGCCAAAGUCUCCACACACCUCAUCUAACCUCUGAUCAACCCGCCUCCACCAGCUCCUCAUUGGGCAGCAUGUCUCACGAGUCCCCUAGUGACCAGCUGGAUGUUAGCCAGAACCACCUUAACCAGCUGCAGCAGCAGCAGCAGUGGGGUGGAAUACCAGAUUUGAAAAGCUUGCUGAGGUACAUGCUCACAGGGAGCUUGGAUCCAGCCAAGGAUGCCCCACCUGUUCCUACAAUCCCCGCCGUCUUCACUGACUCUGUGUUGAGAGUGUGCAGAACCCCUCCCCGUUUUGCCAGUCACCUGGGUGCCAUUUAUGGGGAGGUCCACAUGCUGCCGUUGGCCCAGCACGAGGUGCACUACCUCAGUGGGAGACAACCUGAGAUAACAUAUGGCAAACUCUCCAAGGUAGCCUCUCCAAAGGAGGCAAGAGAGAAGGCCAAGCAGGCCAUGGAGAAGAGCAAGAGUGACGCUAAAUCCACUGUUGAUGCGGAGGAUCAGGAGACAGACUCAGUACUGGUCAGGGUGAAGUGUCAUCUUGAAAACUUGGAAGAUCAAGCAUCUUUUCAAAGGGGGGAGCUCCACAGUGGAAGGCUGUGGAUUCCGAAGGCUUUAAGGAACAGGUUAAAAAUAGACCUCCAUUCAACUGUUCGGUUGAAGCCUAUGAAUUCAACUCCAAGAGUGGCCUUGUCUGUAAGGCUGCAGCCAGUACAGCCAAUGCCACAGACGGAGGGUGAGGAGGAGGUGGGGACUGGCUUCCUGGAGUGGCUGCACUCCCAGAGCCAUGAGCCACUCGCCUGUCUCACUGAUCGCUCCAGCUUCAUCCUCCUGCCAAAUGGAGAAGGAAAGUCAGAGUUUGCCUUGACUGUGCUGAAACCGGAGCCCUCUGAGAAGCAUACAGAUGAGCUUUUCCUGUUAACAACAAGUUUGCUCCAGAAGAAAGACAUACAGGUUGUCCUAGAGCCAGUGAGUCCAGACUCGUCUGAUCCUGCGAAAGAUCCAGAUCAAAUUCAUGAGGAUUUCCCCUCCCUCAGUCAUCUUGGGGCUGUGGCUGAGAUGAGCGCCUCAGCGUUUGAGCACAUCUCCCACAGCCUGAUGGGACGCCCGCUGUCCCUGGUGCUGGUGGCCACUGGGAUUGGGCUGCGGAGUGGAGCCCUGCUCAUCACUGGAGCCAAGGGAAGUGGAAAGUCCUCUCUAUCCAAAGCACUUUGCCGGAAAGCCAUAGAUGACUUAGAUGCCCAUAUUGAAGUAGUAGAUUGUAAGAUGCUGAAAGGGAAGCGAGCUGAGACUGUUAGGCAACGGCUGGAGGAGGUUUUUGAGCAGGCAGUGUGGAGACAGCCCUCAGUGGUCCUUCUGGAUGAUCUGGACCUGGUGACUGCGGCUGCUUCCUCUCCAGAGCACGAGCAAGGGCCAGAGGCCCUGCUCCACCUGCACAUUGCCCAAAGUCUGAAAGAUGUUGUAGAUGAUGUUAUCGAGCGGGGCAGUCUGGUUGCCCUAGUUGCCACUGCCCAGAGUCGGGAGUCCUUACACUCAUCCCUUAGAGAGGUGCAGGGCUCCCACUUCUUUCAGAGCUUUGCCCACAUCCACAGCCCAGAUCAGGCCCAGAGAGUGGAGAUCCUGAGGUCUCUCAUGCUCAGCAAAAGCAGCUUGUCUUCUGACUGCCUCGACGCAUUAGACCUUGAGGCCGUAGCCAAGCAGACGGAGGGUUAUCUGCCUCGGGACCUGUCUCUCUUGCUGGAGAGGGCUGUACAUGCCAGCGUGGUGAACAACAAGGGCUACAGCGGUGCUCUGGAUAGGCCUGGAGACUUGCGUGUGACCUGGGAGGACUUUGUGCACGCUCUAAGGGACUUCACGCCUCCCUCGCUCUGGGGUGCCCAGCUUCAGACUCCUGGCGUGGCUGGCAUGGAGAGCGUGGGAGGACUCAACGAGGUUCGCCAAAUGCUGAUGGACACCAUCCUACUGCCAGCCAAGUACCCGAUCCUGUUCUCCAAGCUGCCGAUCCGCCAGCGCACCGGGCUGCUGCUCUACGGAGCCCCGGGGACGGGCAAGACCCUCCUGGCCGGAGCCGUUGCCAAAGAGAGCGGCAUGAACUUCAUCAGUAUUAAGGGCCCUGAACUUCUCAGCAAGUACAUUGGCGCAAGUGAGCAGUCCGUCCGGGAUGUGUUUCAAAGAGCCCAGGCUGCAAAGCCCUGCAUUCUCUUCUUCGACGAGUUCGACUCGCUGGCCCCCCGCAGAGGUCACGACAGCACUGGGGUCACCGACCGCGUGGUCAACCAGCUGCUCACACAGCUAGACGGGGUGGAGGGCCUGCAGGGGGUGUAUGUGUUGGCUGCCACCAGCCGUCCUGACCUGAUUGACCCGGCCCUGCUGAGGCCAGGGCGCCUGGAUAAGUCCCUGUACUGCCCUCCGCCAGACCAGGUGGCCCGUUUGGAGAUCCUCAGGGUUCUGACCCGGUUGUUUCCGCUGGGACCGGAUGUGGACCUGGAGGAGCUGGCAGCGGCGACGGACUCGUUCACGGGAGCCGACCUGAAGGCUCUUCUGUAUAACGCCCAGCUGGAGGCCAUCCACUCCAGCCCUGGGGGCAGCCUGCUGCAUGAUCUGGGCUCUGGCUCAGACAGUGACGGCAGCCUCUCCUCCAUGAUCUUCCUGAACCACAGCAGCGGGUCUGACGACUCGGCCGGGGAGGGCGACGGUGGGCUGGACCCGCCUGCAGUCCUGCUCGACCCCAGUGACACGCCCCAAGAGGUGCCCCGCCCCAACAUGUGGAGACUCUACUUCGGCAGCUCCUACGAGUCCGAGCUGGACAACCCCUCCCCCCCUGACCUGAAUUCCCUCGGUCCUUCGGGGCCCAACUCCACCACCACCCACGACCUGACGGGGGCGCUGGUGAGGGAGGCGGGCUCGUCCCCCGCGCCGGCCUUCAUGGCCUCCCUGCAGCAGGGCUUCCAGGAGCUGAGCCCGGGGCAGGCGGAGCAGCUGCGCGCCGACAUCAGCACGCUCAAGAGCAACUACCGCAGGACGACCGAGGACCCUGUGCUUGUCCAGCCUGCCGGCCCCAGUAAGCUGUCCCUGCUGCUCUGCCAGGCCCACCUGACCGCUGCGCUGGCCAGCACCCGGCCCUCGGUCGACAGUGAGGAGUGGAGGAGAUAUGCUGAGAUGUAUGAAUCUUUUGGAGCAUCUCGAGAGCCCAAGACUCAGAAUUUGGCUGCAUUCAGACCAGGCCAAAGAGUGACACUGGCAUAGUGUAAACACACACCUCUCUCUCACACACACACACACACACACACACACACACACACACACACACACACACACACACACAAUGAAGGUAAUAGAGACUGUCGAACAGUAACUCUUGUCAGUGUUUGCACAUGAACAGUGUAUAAAUGGAAAUGUAACAAUAUUGUGUUACCAAUACUGUAUAUUAUGUAAACAAUUGAAAUGACAAUAAUUAUUUGUCAAAAUGUAAUUGUGGUGUUUUCAAACACUAGAUACUUGUUAUGAAUAAAUUAAACAUUAAAAACAAUACAGAAAAUAUUUGAUAAUGACA